CGUUUUCUUCAACUAAGGAGAUAUUCACCAUGAAGUGACUUCUCUGUUUCAAGCUCAGCCUUUACGGCACUUUUUCGCUUGUUAUUUCGUGGUUUGCAGAAUCCCCUCGUGGCACUCUUGUCACCAUGCGAUUAAUAAAUACAUUGAGCUUCAUUUCAGCAUUUUUUUCCCCUUAAAAUUAAGCGUCUUGGGAUUUGUGUUGCAUGAUCAGACGGAUAAAUUUGGUACUACGAUGCCUCCUUUUGAAACCAGAAUGGUAACGUAACUACAAGAACACCACCCCAUGUGUCAUAAAAUAUAGAGAAUAAUUAACUAGAAUUAAAGAGAAUGUCUUUAUAUUAGUGGGGCAUGGGUAUAUUAGUUGAAAAAAAGAGGAAAAGGUCAAGGGAAAAGAGAGUGAGAGGAAAGGUGUAGAGGUGUGAAGAGGACAAGGAGAGAUGGAGUGGCAAAAGGCCGUGUUUGGGAACUUGAACCACUAGAGAAUCGUUUCUCAGCUUCACCAUAGAAUUCAUCACAAUCCUAGUUUAUUUAUUACUUCCAAAUCCCAUUUCUCAUUGGCUAGCUUGCUCCUGCAAUCUUCUUUCCUACGCCUGGUUUUCUUUCUAUUCAUCCAAACACCCACCACCUUUCUAUCUGAGAAAAAUGAAGCUCUUCGGUUGGAUGCAGAAUAAGCUCAAUGUGAGACAAGGGAACAGAAAAACAAAUGCGCCUUCAGCUACUCAUCUUACGAAGCAAGAGCCCAUCAAAGAAGAAUUCAGUGACUGGCCUCAUGGAUUGCUGGCAAUUGGAACUUUUGGGAACAAUGAUCUAAAAGAAAACCCAGAAAGCCAAAAUCCUCCUCAUCAGGAGGAUCCAUCUUCAUCUGAAGAAUUACUAGAUUUCACACCAGAAGAAAUUGGGAAGUUACAAAAAGAGCUGACAAAGCUGUUAUCAAGAAAACCAGCCUCCAAUGUAGAAAAAGAAAUUGCCGAACUCCCAUUGGAUAAAUUUCUCAACUGCCCAUCAAGUUUGGAGGUUGAUAGGAGAAUUUCUGCUACAUUGUGCAGUGAUUCAGAUGAUAAAGAUGAAAAUAUUGAGAGGACCAUCAGUGUGAUCCUGGGUAAAUGCAGAGAAGUUUGCACAGAUCAUGGGAAGAAGAACAUUGGGAAAAGAUCAUUAUCCUUCCUGCUUAAGAAGAUGUUUGUAUGCAGAAGUGGGUUUGCUCCAGCUCCCAGUUUGAGAGAUACACUUCAAGAGUCAAGGAUGGAAAAGCUUUUGAGGGCAAUGCUUCACAAGAAAAUCUACCCUCAAAAUUCUUCUCGAGCAUCAUCCAUGAAAAAAUACCUAGAGGACAAACAGAGGCCAAAGAGAGAAAAUGAAGAUGAAGUGCAGGAGAAACAUAAAGCAAAGGAUGGAUAUAAAUGGGUCAAGACUGAUUCUGAAUAUAUUGUUCUAGAGAUUUAAAUUUGCCUCAAUCUUCGCUACGAUUUUAAUUACAAGAUUCAAAUGUUUGUGCUUUUGGAGCUUGGACAAUUUGGGAUGUUGAUAAACAAAACAAGCUGAAAUUUCAAAGAGCAAAACAAAAACUCGACGACAAUAAACAGUCCAUCUUAGUUUGGUCAUGAGAGGAGAGCUAAACAAAAUGCAUUGAAUGGAAACUGCAUCUUUCUUCUGCAGACGAGGGAGGGGUACUCCUUUUUUUUCAUGGUUGUACUUGUAUUUGUAUCUCUCUGGUCCUGUACAACACAUGUUACUGUAAUAUUUUUAAGGGACUUCUCUUUAGUCUGUAAUGCCAAAAGCUUUAUAUUUUCCUGCA